AUGAGCUUUGCCAGACGGAUCGAAUAUGAUGAGGACGCCGUCUCGGCAAAACGGGCCCGCGGCGACAUGGGCGACCGCGUCGUCGAGCCGCCCGCCGAGCUGCACGAGCUGCUAUCAAAGCUCGGCGACCCGGGUCCCGUCUCGUUGGAGAGCUCGAUCGAGGAGAUGGUCACCCUCCUCGACAAGGAGCUCGAGCACCGACGCCAGAAAGUGAUCGACGUCCUCACCAGCUGCGUCGUCUACAUGCCGCACAAGCUGACCGUCUACUCGACGCUCGUCGGCCUCCUCAACGCCAAGCACUACACGUUCGGCGGAGAGAUUGUCGAGAAGCUGUGCGCCGACCUGCAGGCGUUUCUCGAGGCGGAAAACUACAAUUACUCCCUGCAUCUCUCAAUCUUCCUGUGCGACCUCGGGAAUUGCCGGGUGCUGUCGCUGAACUCGGUCGUCGAAUUUCUCGAGGGAUAUCUGGAGGCCGCCUUCGAGGAGGACAUCCCUCAGGUGCGCGCGGAUUGGUUCGUGUACGCGGUGCUGCACUCGUUGCCGUGGAUCGGUGGCGAGCUGGCCGAGAAGAAGACGUCCGAGCUCGACAACAUUCUCGACGGGCUCAGCCGCUACAUCGAAGCCAGAAGCCGCAAACAUGUCGAGUUGCUGCAAGUGUGGACGGGCGAGGGCGGCCAUGACCAAGAAGACUACCUCGACUCGCUAUGGGCCCAGAUGACGACGCUUAGAGAGGCCGGGUGGAAGGAGCAGUUCAUCGGCCGUCACUACAUCGCUUUCGACGAUCGACUGCAGGACGCGCUCCAGCACAAUCUGCCCACCUUCAACCCGCCGCCCCACUCGACCGCGCGAAACUACCCGAGCCCGUGGAUCGUCUUCCGCCUCUUCGACUACACCCACUGCCCGCCGGGCCCCGUCCUCCCCGGUGCCCACUCAAUCGAGCGUUUCCUCAUCGACGAGGAGAUCAACUGGAUCCUCGAGCAGAAUCUCCUCGACCCAAAGCAAUGCGUGAAAGCCCUGCUCAACUACCCGAAACGAGCGCAGAUUCCCCUCCACUACUGCAUCAUGGAGGUGUUCUUCUCGCAAAUGUUGCGCCUCCCUGCGGCCCCCCACAAUCACCUCGUCUACGCGUCCGUCAUCAUCGACCUGUGCAACAAUCAGGCAGCCACCGUCCCCCAAGUGCUCGGUGUGGCCGUCGAACUGCUCUACGAUCGGCUCGACACGAUGCAGCCCGUCUGUGUCGAUCGGCUGCAGCAAUGGUUCACGUUCAACCUGGCGAACAUGGACUACCAGUACGAGUGGGCGAAAUGGGGCGACUGUCUCGACAAGGGCGACUACAACAACAAGAAGGUCUUUGUGCGCGAGGUCAUCGAACGCUGUCUCCGGUUCUCGUACUAUGACAAGAUCAAGGAGCGCUUCAACCCGUUCUUCAAGGCCCUCGUCCCGCCACCCCAGGACGUCAUCUGCCCCAUGGACAAUCCCGACCAUCCGGAAUACGAGCGGGGCAAGCAGUUUGGCCAAUUGUUCCAGGAAAAGGCACCCGCCGACCGUUUCCUCCCCGAACUCACCAAAGAGGGCGGCGACGGUUUCGACGGCGACGCGUUCGCCACGUUCCUGUCGAUGAUGCUGAAGCUGGCGUCGAAAUCCUUCUCCCACAACUUCUCGGCCCUGAUGAAAUAUCACAAGGUGCUGAAGGAGGUGUGCGAUUCGAGCGAAGAUAUGCAGGGGGUGCUGUUGCGCACGUUGUACACCUCGUGGAAGAACAACAUUCAGUAUAUCGUGGUGAUGAUCGACAAAUACCUGAAGGCGCAAGUGAUCGACUGUGGCGUGCUGGUCGAGUGGAUCUUUAGCGAUGAGAUGAGGGCUGAACAUCAUCGCCAAUGGCCCUGGGAGGUGCUGAACAGUGCCCUGAUCAAGCUGUCGAAACAUGUGGCGAAUCUGCGGAAGGAGGUCGACCAAAAGAAGCAGAAGAAACCCCCUCCACUCUCCGCAACAACCGAUGAUGAUGGAAUGGUGAAUGAGAAAGAGGACGAAAUGGAUGAUGGCGAUGAUAAUCUCCACACCAAGCAACAGCAUCUCGACAAUCUCGUCGAUUUCGAGAAGAAUCUCUUCCUCGCCGUCCUCCACAAAUUCUCGAUCUUCCUGACGGAACACGUGGUGUUGAGCGAGCGUGAAGGGAAAGAAUAUCGCGACGAAUGGUUCCAAUGGAUGAUGGGACGAUUCCGGGAGAUUUUCCUCCAGCACCACGGCGAGCUGUACCCGAUGCGUGACGAGCUGCAGGAGAAGCUCUUCUCCACGGCCGAGAUUGCGACUGCCGUCACCGACGUCUUCAAGCAGUCCAUCGCGUUCCGCUCC